AUGUCGGACCAACUACUUUCCCCGACUUCGAUCCACCCUGCGCUGAACGGACCAAAACACAACAACAACAAUAGCAACCAUCUCCGCCAUGUCGACCAGAGCCACCCCGUCUCGCUUGCAGCUGCUCUCGUAAGCGCAACACCCUCUGACAGCACCACCACCAAACCCUCGUCCACCUACAACCAGGGUCACCACCGGAACUCCCAUUCGAUUGAAUCUGUCCCGCGACAGACGCUCAUCAAGGCACUCGCUUCCUCCGUCGCCCGCAACAACAAGCCCCAGGCUCUCUCGCUGCCCAGCAUGCUCAGCAACAACAGUACAGCUGGCGCAGGCGACGCACGACCCGGCACAUCAUCCUCGCAGCUCUGCGACGCCCUGAACGACCUCGCACUCCGCAGCUCAGGCGCGGCGGGGGUCCCGGCGCGGACACCCACCACGGCGCUCCCGGCCCUGCAGUCACCAUGUUUCUACCACCAGCGCUUCGACGGCAUCGUCGACAUCGACAAGGUGCUGGAGGAGAUCAAGAACGACGAGUGGAUGUCUCACUCCCGGCUGGUGCAGACAGCCACGGGCGUGCGCGAAGUCUCGAAGCAGCUGCAGCGGCGGCCCAUCAAGCGCGCUGUGCGCAACGUCAUGAUCGUGACCAAGGCCCGCGACAACACGCUGGUCGUACUGACGCGCGAGCUGGCGCAGUGGCUGAUGCGCACACCGCGCUACGGCUCGGACCUGGGCGUCAACGUCUUUGUGGACGCCAAGCUGCGAGGCUCGAAACGCUUCGACGCCCCGGGUAUCGUGGCCGAGAACCCCCGGUUCCAGCACAUGCUCAAGUACUGGACGCCCGACCUGUGCUGGAGCCAACCCGAGAAGUUCGACCUGGUGCUCACGCUGGGAGGCGACGGCACGGUGCUGUUCACGUCCUGGCUGUUCCAGCGCAUCGUGCCGCCCGUGCUGUCCUUCAGCCUGGGCAGCCUGGGCUUCCUGACGACGUUUGAGUAUGAACGGUUCCGGGACCACCUGAACCGUGUCAUGGGUGACGACGGCAUGAAGAUCAACCUGCGCAUGCGGUUUACGUGCACCGUCUACCGAGACGGAGCGAUGGGCCGCGAGAUGGAGGAGGGUGAGCAGUUUGAGGUGCUCAACGAGCUCGUCAUCGACCGCGGCCCGUCGCCUUAUGUGUCCAACCUGGAGCUGUAUGGCGACAAUGAGCUCCUGACGGUUGUGCAGGCGGAUGGCUGCAUCUUCUCCACGCCCACUGGAUCAACAGCCUACUCCCUCUCAGCGGGCGGCUCUCUCGUCCACCCCGACCUCCCCGCCAUCCUCCUCACCCCCAUCUGCCCUCAUACCUUGUCCUUCCGGCCCAUGGUCCUCUCCGACACGAUGCUUCUCCGCGUCUCCGUCCCGCGCAACUCCCGCGCCACCGCCUACUGUGCCUUCGACGGCAAAGGCCGGGUCGAGCUCCGCCAGGGCGACUGCGUCACCAUCGCCGCCUCGCAGUAUCCUUUCCCCACGGUCACCCGCACCGACACUGAGUGGUUCGACUCCGUCUCGCGUACCCUGCGCUGGAACGUUCGUGCUGCCACCCAGAAAGGAUUUGAUGCGGGCGGUGGCGACUGCACGCCUGCUAGCGAAUAUGAGGGUGACGAGUGUGGAGAUUGGGAUAUCGACACGGAUAGUGCUUGCUAUGCGAGUGAGGAGGGAAGUGCGAGUGCGAGUCCGCUGCGGAGGCAGAUGAGUUUGUUGGGCAUGUAGCGCGGGGUAGCGAGCAAAUGACGUGUUGGCAUUGACUGACUGCACAUGGUCGGUCAAUAAGUCAGCCAGCCAGUCCACACAUUCCUUGCUUUUUUUCUUCCUUCUUCUUUUUUCUUUAUUCCUGUUUUUCUUUUUUCUCUCCCUGAAAGAAGCCAUAUCAGCGAAGAGAUUUAUUAUCAUUCUAGAGAAGAAAUACUCAUAGAGCCAUCAGAGAGAAAGAGUGGACGAGAAGGUUGGUCUGGAGUAAACAACUCCUUGAUCGGUCUUACUUGGGGCAAGGUUUUGGAGCGGCAAGUCAGUGGGGGGAAACGAGCCUAGCAAUGUUGGGUCGUUUUUUCUUAAGUUUUACUACUUAUACUACUUCGGUAGCUAGCUACUUACUUAGUAGCUAAUGAACUGACGACAGUCCUUACUGGGCACAAC